CAGGUUGCAGUACUUAUAUAGAGCUGCUAAGUUACUUUUUUGCUGGAGCGCAACAUAUUAACUGAAUGAAGGCAUCCCUGUUGAAACUAUUCCACAUCUCAAACACACAAUAAGGAUAAGACAGAAGGACUGGAGUCUGAAGAAGUUACUGUUAACGAUGUUGCUACAAAAAGGCAUAACAUUAGUUGCAGUAACAUAUGUACUCUGUAACCUGCUCCUUGUUGAAGGCAAACCUGUUUACCAUGCUAAUCCUGAUCCAGAGCUAAUAGAUUUUCUUGAUGGCAAAGGAGAUAAAGGACAAGGAAUCCACGGUCUUGCUGAUGCAUCUCCAAAAGAAAAGAAAAAGGUGGCAGAUGAUGAUAGCAGUCAGGAUGGACACCAAAAAGAUGCCAAUGAAGAUGAUGGUAAUGAAGCAGAAGCAGAAAUAAAAGAUUCUGAAGUGGUACAGGCUAUUGAGAAUGGAGAGCAGGAUGAAGCCAGUGGGAAUGAUGGUACUGACGCACAAACAGAAAUAAGUGAAAAUGAAGCUAAGACUGUUGAAGAUGAGGAUCAAAAUGAAGGAAGUGAAAAUGACGGUAAUGAACAAGAGACAGAAGUAAUUGCCAAUGAAUCUAAGGAUGAUGAAGAUGAGGAUCCAGAAGAAGGAAGUGAAAAUGACGGUAAUGAAGAAGAGACAGAAGUAAUUGCCAAUGAAUCUAAGGAUGAUGAAGAUGAGGAUCCCAAAGAAGGAAGUGAAAAUGACGGUAAUGAAGAAGAGACAGAAGUAAUUGCCAAUGAAUCUAAGGAUGAUGAAGAUGAGGAUCCCAAAGAAGGAAGUGAAAAUGACGGUAAUGAACAAGAGACAGAAGUAAUUGCCAAUGAAUCUAAGGAUGAUGAAGAUGAGGAUCCAGAAGAAGGAAGUGAAAAUGACGGUAAUGAAGAAGAGACAGAAGUAAUUGCCAAUGAACCUAAGGAUGAUGAAGAUGAGGAUCCAGAAGAAGGAAUUGAAAAUGAUGGUAAUGUAGAAGAAACAGAAGUAAUUGCCAGUCAACCUAAGGAUGUUGAAGAUGAGGAUCCAGAAGAAGGAAUUGAAAAUGAUGGUAAUGUAGAAGAAACAGAAGUAAUUGCCAGUCAACCUAAGGAUGUUGAAGAUGAGGAUCCAGAAGAAGGAAUUGAAAAUGAUGGUAAUGUAGAAGAGACAGAAAUAAUUGCCAGUCAACCUAAGGAUGUUGAAGAUGAGGAUCCAGAAGAAGGAAGUGCAAAUGAUGGUAAUGAAGCACAGACAGAAAUAAGUGACAAUGAACCUAAGGUUGUUGAAGAUGAGAAUCCAGAAGAAGGAAAUGAAAAUGAUGAUGAUGAUACUGAUAUAUCACAUCAAGAAGAAAAUGCAAUUGAAUCAAAUGAAGAAGAACAAGAUGAUACGAAUAUAUCAACGCUUCAAAGUGAUCAGAACAAUGAGCAAAACUCAGAUAACGCAAAUGAUAUCGGAGAAGAUCAAGCUGAUGAAAAUAAACAGCAGAAUGAAGGAAAUGAAAAUGAUGAUGAUGAUACUGAAGAAGAAAAUGCAAUUGAAUCAAAUGAAGAAGAACAAGAUGAUACGAAUAUAUCAACGCUUCAAAGUGAUCAGAACAAUGAGCAAAACUCAGAUAAUGCAAAUGAUAUCGGAGAAGAUCAAGCUGAUGAAAAUAAACAGCAGAAUGAAGGAAAUGAAAAUGAUGAUGAUGAUACUGAAGAAGAAAAUGCAAGUGAAUCAAAUGAAGAUGAAGAAGAACAAGAUGAUACGAAUAUAUCAACGCUUCAUAGUGAUCAGAACAAUGAGCAAAACUCAGAUAAUGCAAAUGAUAUCGGAGAAGAUCAAGCUAAUGAAAAUAAACAGCAGAAUGAAGAAAGCAGUACUGAACUGUUAGGAGAAAGCUCAGGCUGGGCUGCGUCUGGCACAUCGGAAGGGAAUGCAGACAUUUUUCCAGCUCAGGCUUUAGAAGAUGAAGACCUUCAAGCUGUAUGAAACUGAAGAAGGUCCUAAUAACUCAAAAAGAUAACUGCGAGGACUUGCUUCAUAUCCUUGAAGGUUUACAAAUGAAAGCUUCAUCUGAAGUAAAUUACAUCAGAUACAAUAAUGUGAAAAGAAAAUCCAGCUGUAUACAACUGCAUUGGCAAAGUGUGCUCUUCUGACAUAAUACCGUAAAAUAAAAUGUUAAUUUAUUAAUGCAGUUUUUGAGCUAAUGCUGUAUUAAAGAGAUCACUUUACUGAUUAGUUUUUAGUAUUAGUCUUAUUCUUACUGGUUGCCAUUUACUGGUGAAACACAACUCUUCAACUUUACUACUCUAAGCAGCAUGCCAAGGGAAGAUUGAAUGCAAUGCACAGUAUUUUUGAGAAUGCACAACCAUUGUUUACCUGCAUUAACUUUGACUUUAUAAGCUUGCCUAUUUUAGUUUAAAUAUUUUGUAAAUAAAGCCUCUAUGCUGUUCAGUCUA